ACCACCCUUCUGCAGAUCCUGUUGGAAGUUGUUCCCCCUGAGAAAUGUGGAUGAGAAGUUGACAACUCUGUCACCUUCCAUUUGGCUCCAGUCGCAGGAAAAUACAAAGGGGAAGAAACGUGCAAAGAAAACCACAAGUCAAAGGAUGAUAUGUCGGAAAGACUCUGGUGACCUUGACGGGGACUCUUCAAUGAUGAACAAACAUCCAGUAAAGGCCACCGUGCUUCAAAAGGAGCUGGGCCUGGUGAGUGCCGUGUGUCUGCUCGUAGGUACCAUGAUCGGCUCAGGCAUCUUCAUCUCCCCUAAAGGGGUCUUGCUCUACUCUGGAGCUGUGGGACCCAGCCUCCUUAUCUGGGCCGCCUGUGGAGUCUUCACUAUGCUUGGAGCGCUGUGCUACACCGAGCUGGGCACCAUGAUACCAAAAUCUGGAGGCGAGUAUGCCUAUCUGAUGGAGGCUUUCGGCUCCCCGCUGGCCUACCUUUUCUCAUGGAACAUCGUGAUGGUAUCCAAGCCAUCAGGCUUGGCCAUCAUCACACUGAGCUUUGCCGAGUACGCUUCAGCUCCUUUCUAUCCUGGGUGCAGUCCUCCUUUCAUUGUCACCAAGUGUCUGGCAACUGCAGCUAUAGUUUUCAUUGUGACCAUCAACUGUUUCAGUGUCAAACUUGCGAGUUACGUACAAAACAUCUUCACUGCGGCCAAACUUUUAAUCAUCGUCAUCAUCGUGGGAACAGGCAUUUUUUUCUUGGCACAAGGAAAAACCGAGAACCUGUCAAACACAUUUAAUGGCAAAUCAGUUUCUGUUGGAGAAAUUGGGCUUGCGUUUUAUACCGGACUCUGGGCCUAUAGUGGAUGGGGUCAAGUGAAUUUCAUCACAGAGGAGGUGAAAAACCCACUCAGGAACAUGCCACUAUCAAUCAUUAUUGGGAUCCCCUUAGUGACCAUUUGCUACGUGAUGGUCAAUAUGGCUUAUUUCACUGUGAUGACCACCAAUGAACUACUGAUGUCCCCAGCUGUAGCUGUGACAUUUGGAGACAAAGUUCUUUACCCCAUGUCUUGGAUUGUUCCACUUUUUGUCGUUUUUUCCACAUUUGGUUCUGCCAAUGGAAGCUGCUUCACUGCAGCCAGGUUGGCUUAUGUAAGUGGUCGAGAAGGUCACAUGGUGGAAAUUUUAUCUUUUAUAAGUCCGAGGCACUUAACCCCGUCUCCAGCGCUCAUGUUCAAUGGUUUUCUGGCCAUUUUAUACAUAAUCCCAACAGACAUCGACACCCUCAUAAAUUUUUCCGGCUUUAGUCAGUGUUCCUUCACUCUGCUGACUAUAGUAUCUCUUAUUGUCAUGCGUUUCACUCGGAAGGAGCUGAAAAGACCAUUCAAGGUUCCCAUCAUAAUUGCCAUCAUAAUGCUGCUCGUUUCUUGCUUCCUGGUCCUGGCGCCCAUCAUUGACAAUCCAGACAUCGAGUUCCUCUACUGCACUAUCUUCAUUCUCAGUGGCCUCCUUCCGUAUUAUUUAUUUGUCCACCUGAAAGUCGAGUGGUCACGAAGACUCAUGAGGCCCAUCACCAUGCAUCUGCAGCUCCUGAUGGAAGUCGUUCCUCCUGAGAAAUGUGAGUGAGGAGGCGACAACUGGGUCAACUUCCAUUUGGCUCCCGGGGCAGGGACGGUGCCAAACUCAUUUUUGUAACACUUGGAAUACCUGAUGGGAUCCGAGCCAGAACUACGGGGUCACCUUUGUUAAAUAGCUACAAACA